AUGGAAUGGAAUGUCCACGAACGACAACAAGGAUCUGUGGCUAUGUUUGAUGCACAUAUACGGAUUGGUGGAUUCCGAGGAAGCGAACAGGAACUGACAGAGUGUCCUAAACAUGCCAAAUUAACUGAAUUGCCACGAGCUGCUUUCUUAAGCUUACAUGUAACUAAGCAAGCAAGUGGAUACUUUCAAAACGUUUGGAUAUGGACCGCUGAUCACGAGCUCGAUAAGGGUGCACCGGAACAAUUGAAUGUACUGACUGAUCGCGGUGUUUUAAUUGAAUCAAAAGGUCCAACUUGGAUGUAUGGAACGGCCAGUGAACACGCUUUACUAUAUCAAUACUCCUUGAAAAACGCAUCAAAUGUAUUGCUUGCCAUGAUUCAAACGGAGUCGCCUUACUUCCAAGGACAUGAGUUUGAGCCAGCAUCGCAGAGUGCACUUACUCAUCCAGCUUAUCCUGAUCCAGACUGCUCUCGAAUAUUUGCCCAAGGAACAAAUGCACUGUCAUGUGCUUAUGAACGUUAUUCAGAAGACCGCGCUCUGGGUUUACAUUUGGCGGGUUGCUCUGAUGUGUUCGUUCUAGGGUCUGGCCAAUAUUCAUUCUUUAACUCGUACAAGCAAACGGCACUCGCCGGUCAUGCAUGUCAGCGUCGUCUGUGCACGAUUGAUCACAGCGAUGGUAAUGUCUGGCUUCUGAACACAGCAACAGUGGGUACACAAACGCUCAUAAGCAUCGAUGGAUACGAUUAUCUUUCGGAACAACCUCACAGGGAGGGAUUCUGUAGCACAUUGACCCUGUAUGCUAUCAGGAGGAAAGGCCAGUCAUACAUUGUCUAA